GGAGAGGUGUUAAAAACAGAGCCUCAGUCAUGCCUUGUAGUGGAAAUCCCCACGUUACGGGGCGGUGCCGCCCGCAGACCGAAGACCCGCUGAAAUAUUUCCAACGCAAUCGAGAGCAGCGGGCGCGCAGCCAAGUGCGGCAACUCGUGCGUGGUGGUCUCCAUGCACUGUAGCGCCGUGAGUGGUUCGCCCGCACAGCGGACCCAGCAGCUGCUCUGUGCAGUACGUCCACGCACGCACCGGCAGCAACCACACACACACACAGAGAAGUGGGGUAGAGGGGGCCACAGUGUGACAGGCGAGUGGAUAUCUGGGCCUCAAAUACAGACUGGCAAGAGAGAGAGGCGACACGCGUUACCUGUGUGUGGAGGAGGAGGAGGGUGACGUGAAAUCUCUCUCUCUCGAGCGAGCGGCUCCAACUUUUCACGUCUCUUCCUCCCAUCCACCUAUAUACCCCCUCCUUUUUCCACGUGCUUCGCUCUUUCGGGGUGGCGGACUGUCGUGGAUGGAUGUGUAGAGGUUUGUGUGUGUAAACAAUAUACGAUCGUUUGGACAUGGCCGCAGUAUGCAAUCGGAUAACUUUCUAGCCACGACGCUAUUGAUUCGAUCGACGACGCAUCUGUGCAGCCGCAAUGGAUAAGCUAGAAGAACUGCUGCCUGGAAUAGAAGAGUUCCUCGUGCGAAUCCUUCCGCAGGAGAAGCUGUCACGUGGUGCAGAAGAGCGCCGGCAGUAUUUCGUGGAGCGCCUGGACAUUCUGAAGUUGCCACCAUCACUGCCACCCAGGGCCGGGAAGAGAAUCUCGCGGGAAGUGCAUCAAGAAUCGGAGCGGGUCAACGGACAGCCAGCGGAGGAUGUGACGCAAAUCAGUCAGCUGGUGGAGAACGACUUCGCGGCCUAUCAACGUGAAAUCUCGCGCAACUUGCUGGUCGCUGCGGUCGCCGAGACAAACAGGGACGCCACUGAAAGCGAGUUGGAAAAGGGGGUUAAAGUCUAUGACGACAUAGAGCCGACAGAAAGCACCAAGAAUGAAGACAGUAAUGAUGAUGAUGACGAUGACAUCAGCGCUCUGUACGAAAUCCCGGUCGCCAGGCAACAGCUUCCGCCGCUGACGUCGGAGGACAGUCUCAGCCAGCCGGCCGACAUCUCCAGCCUCGCCAACGCCACCAGCACCGACGACGUCAGCGACGAUGUGCUCGACGCCUCCUCCCCCGUGGGACACCCACCUCCCCUGCCCCCGCGCAAGGAUCCCAAGGUGUCUGAAUCGGGCAGCCGCUCGUCCGUCAGCACCAUGGAGGACAAACCUCCGGACCUGCCCUUGCGGCACCCCGCCCUGGAGAAGAAAGUGUCCGAGUCUGGCAGCCGCUCGUCGGUCAACAACAGCGACGACAAACCGCCCGAGCUGCCCUUCAGACCACCGCAACUAUCCAGGCGCAGCGAAAUCUCCCAACGGUCCAAGUCUGACGUGUCGGACGGGGACAGCACGAGUUACGAGUCCUUUGAUGAAGACCAUGACGCUGGUAGGAAAUCUAAAAGCAACAUUAAACUGCCCAUGCGGCCCAAGAAGAAGAUCAAAAAGGGUUCCAAGCACCCGGCCAACAAAACCCGCUCAUCUGCCACGUGGGAAAUCAACGUACCCUUCAAGAAGCUCGACAACAUCCUUCUCUCGGGAGAGCUGCUGCACAAGGGCAAGCUGUCUUGGAAUCGGCGAGUGGUUGCCAUUAGCAACGGCUCCAUGGCCCUGUACAAGCCUGAAAAGGAGGCCAGACCUGUUUUCGUCAUUCCGUUAGCCGGGUACCAGGCCAGUGUUGGGGACAAAGACGGGAGGAAGGGCUUUGAAAUCACCAUGGUGCAUUCCAACGGAGAUUCACACUUGUUUACUGUUGAUUUCAAGGAAUGGGCCACAAUAUGGUGCGAGUACGUCAACAACCUGUCCAAGGGCUUGUCGGUCAUACCAUUCCAUCAACACCUGGCCCGCACCUUCAGUGGAGAGAGUGAAAACUCCAUCAGUGGCAGCAGAAUCCAGUUCGACCUUGGAGAUUAUGAAGCGUAUGAAGAGUACGACAACAACAGCAACAACGAUAGCAAGGCCUCUGACACACCUCCACCAACGCCACAAACGCCGCGGUCGAAACUUGCCAGCCAGCGUUCUUGGAGGCGAGCGCUCUUGCGAAAAGUGUCGUCGGCCCCGCCGUCUCAAUCAUCGGCGGGGUUUGAACCCCCUGCACCCGCAGGAUCCGCGUCCAACCUAUCCUUGGCCAGAUGGGACUGGAAAACCAUUUUCUACCACUGGUCUUUUCCCCUGGACGAAGUCAUUGUUGGAAUACGGCGAGUGAGUGUCUCGCUGAAGGGAAAUCUAUCGGCCACAUCAAAUUCCAACCUGUCUAUAAACAGCAAUGGAAGUGAGUCAGAUGAUUCUACCAAGCCAAGGUUAAGAGGGAACAAAGUGAUGAGAAUGGGAUCAUUUGCUUAUCGGGCCACACAGUUCUUUGAAAAUUUAGGAAAGAAAGCCACAACCAAGCGUAAAACAAAUAGCUUAUCAUCCCCCUUGGAAGGUGACAAAUCAUUCCGUGAUGGGAUCCAGGAAGAAUCCUCAAUGUCAUCCACAAGCCUUGGAGUGCCAGCAUCACCCUUGUCAGAGAACUUUUCACCUGGAUGGCAGGAUGGUCAUCAAACACACUUCUCAUCAUCACCUGUGUCAUCAGAACACACACUGCCAUCGCCCCUACCAGUCCCUGACAUACCACUUAAUGUGAAAGUUCAAGGUCAUUUAAACAUUUUCAGUAGCUUCAACAAAAGACGAUGGGGCUUAAGGUGGUGCCUUGUCCGAGAGAAUAUGUUUGAGUGCUAUCUCAGUCAGACAUCACAGCAUAUUGAACUCAACUUCCUACUCAGAAAGUGCAUCAUCCGACAUGCAGUGGCUGAAACAAAAUCUCCCUUAGCUCUCAUGUUGUUGGAACAUGACAAAGAGAAGAUUACAGUGGAGCCACAGUCAAAGGAGGAAAUGAGCCAGUGGCUAACAGUCUUGAUGAUGGAAACAUCUACAGAGGCUAUACCCUCAGGUUUGGAGGAAUACUUCCGAGAAUCUGAGGACCCUUCCACAGAAGAACAACUGAUUGAACCUGAUUAUACUGACAUUCCUGCUGUCUCAUUCAUGCUGCAGUCGGCAUCACAUUACUCACCUCCUCUGCCAAAACAGCAGAAAGAUACAGACAUAACAGAUGUUUCUGGGUGUUUGACCUCGGUCGAUGAAGACACAAACAUUCUAGCAGAAAAACAAGUAUCAACAGAUGUGUACACAGAAGUUAUCAAGCGGCCAUCCUCCACAAGGCUGGCGGAUGAAGGAAAGGAGGAUAAACAGAAAAAAAUGCGCAAAGAUAAAAAAGAAGCAAGACAUCCGAGGUUCAUGGACAACCUAGCUGUGUGCAAUAUGCACAGAAAUACAACAGACAGUGGCUUUUACAGUGUCAAGGACAAUAAUUCAGACAGUGAUAGUGGUUGUGAGUAUACACAUAAUACACAAAGAAAGUGUUCUUCUCUUGACAAAGAGGAUUUAAGUAUGUGCAGUAAUGUGGGUAAAGAGACAUCUGAUUCAGAUAUUGCAAGUAGCAGUCACAGAACUUCAGAAGAGGAAGAUGAUGAAAGUGUUUUAGAGAGAACAAUGACUGCAGAAGAUUUCACAGACAAUCUUGUGUCAGCAGAAAAUAUUUGUGAGUCAAAAGUGGAAGUGACAUCAUCAGUCUCUGAUGGAAAUGACUGUGGCAGUUGUAAGAUUGAUGAAACUAGUGGAGCUGGUGUGGGUUCUGGCCACAGAGAUAUGCCUUUUGAGUCUUCCGAAAAAGAUGCCAUUCCCCAGACAAACUUCACAGACUCUCAGCAAGUAUGUGAUGACAGCAUUGUAGAGAAACAAAAGCCAAGAAAAUCAAAGAAAAGCAGUCAUCCAAAACAGAGUGAAGAAGAGCCAGAAGUUGCUGUGACAAAUGGCGAUGGAGUGCAGGACACAAACCAUGUUCCAAGUUCUUCCUUUGAGGCUACAGUUCUACAGAAAAGUGACCUUUCGUCGUGUAGAUCAGACACCAGUGACUUAGGUAAAAGUGGCUUUGUAGAGCAGAGUUGUACAGGAGUAGAUACAGAAAAUGAGAGAGGAGUGGGUUGUGUCGGAAAUGUUAACUUGUCUAGGGAUCUAUUUACAAAUGACAAUAAGUCUUUAUGUGGCAAUCUCAUAACAGGGCAGUCACUCAGGAAAAAGAGCACAGGAAGGUGUGGGAGCUUACCCCAAAAUGCUAAAAAUUGUAAACAAAUAGAUAAACAGGAGCUUCAUGAAACAGUUCUUGAUGAUGAGCUCUUGGAUUCUUGGGGUCUGUCUUCAGUUUUGUCGAAAGGUUUGUGGCAUGAUGAUUUGCAAGGAAAUUUGUCCCCCGACUAUGAGUGCUCUUGGCAGAGGUCUGUAAUUAGUGAUGAUUUGCAAGGAAAUUUGUCCCCCGACUAUGAGUGCUCUUGGCAAAGGUCUGUAACUAGUGAUGGUGUUCCACGUUGUCUUGAUAGUAGCUUCCCUAUCAAGGUGCAGUUGAGGACAGUUUCAGAUGCAGAUUCAAAUACUCAUUGUUGUCAUGAUGAUACCAACAAAGUUUUUAUUCCAACGACAAAGUCAGUCAACACUGAAGGUGCAACUGCUUCACGAAUAUCUUCCUUUGGUAAAGGACCUCUGGCCUCUCCUGCAAAAGAUAUAAGAACAGAAGAUUCAAACCAGGUUCAGCUGGUUGCAGAUCUGAAAGACAGAAUUUCUCAACUGAAAGAAAAGCUGACACAGAUUAAAAGAAAAAGAAUUGCCGUGCGAGACAAACGGGUGAGGGCUUUUUCACCAGAAGAACGUGCAGCAUGUGACAAAGAAUACAUUUUCCUUGAGUCACAGAGCAAGGAGAACAUCCAACACAAUCCAGAAUCUGGAAGAAGAACUGAAGCAAUUAAUCAGUUCUACAACAUGACCAGAAUUCACAGGGUAUGAGAGAGAAUCUUCAUAAGAACUGCUCAAGCUGCCAAAUAUAAUCACAUGAUAUCUGCUAAAAGCGUUUAUUGUCUUAAAAGUUAUAUAGUAUGUUGGAUCUGAUGGCUGAGGAAGAAUACUCAAGACUGGGAACAAAGAAUACAAACGAAUCAAGACAACAUAGCAAAGUGUUGUCGGUUUGAAACAAUUUAAAAUGGUUUUUAAAAAAACAUUUGCAUCUAGUGAUUUUCUACAAGUUUUGUUUCAAGAGAUUUUACAUAGAAUGAUUUCAUGUAACUUAUCUCUGGUUUGUUUUAUUGUCCAGGAAACCUCUGAAUAGAAUGUGUUCUAACAGAAGGGUAAAUAGACUUUUGUCUGGUUUUGAGGAGACCAUUAUUAUCAUGCACCCUCCAAAUCAUUGCUCCACAUUCAAAAACAAGCUGUUCAUUCAAAAACAAACAGAUGAUACUGCUACAGAUCCACCUAAGAAAUAACUUGAAAGUGAAAGAUGAUGAGUAAAAAUCACUUCAGGUAAAUGGACAGACUGAACAAAGAGACAAGAGGUUAUGGGGUAAUCUUUCUAGAGUUAAUGUGUUAAUCAGCAUAUUCCUAUGAAAGAGUAACAAUUUUUGAAGCAGUUGGGAAAUCAGCAGUGUGUGUUGAAAGUGUUGAAAGUUAAUUGUCACCUCUUCAUGCCACUUCUUGGUGUUUACUGGAUUUUGCUGACGCUUAUGCAUACUUAGUCAGCCAUAAUGAUUUUACCACUUGGAAUCUUUUCUGUCAUUGCAUUGUGGAGCAUUUGUCUCAAAGUAUUUUUUGCUGGGUUUUUUUUUUUUGUUCCCUCUUAAACUCUUGUUCUGAUCAAGAGAGAGAGAGAGAGAGAAAAAAAAGAAUGUGUGUUUGUGUGUUCAUGCACUUAAGAGAGAAGUAAAAGGGAGUUUUCUCAAUGACAAUGAACGUUGCUGUCAGAUUUAAGAUCUUUUCAGCCACUUAUUAAAUACUCUGUUAAGACAAAUUUCUUUAAGAUGUAUAUAGGAGUUUUCUUAAUUUUCAUUUAACCUGUCCAGGAAUGAAAAUGGUAUAUUUAAAGCUACCAGCUAUCCAUCUCAUUUUUUGUAACAUUUUUUAAAAUAAGUGAACAUAAUAUUUCUCCUAUGGUGAAAAGAAAGCAAAUCCAAAUGCUACAUUGAUUUUUAAAAUAAACAUAAUUGUUAACUAAAGCUCUGUUCACUACUACAGUUUUGGAGUAAGUGUUGCUCAUUGAGGAAAUGAACAACAGCUUAUUCUUUUCUGACAAAAAUUGCAAAGUGUGUGUGUGUGUUUGUUUUUUUGUUUUUUUAACGCAUUCAGCAGGUUUCUUAUGUUGGGAAGAUAUUUCUGUUUUGUAUGUUAUGUCUUCUGCUUUUCAUCUUUUACCCAUUUUUUUUUCCUAUUUUGUAUGUAUGUGUUUAUGAUAAACAUCUGGGCAGCUUGUUUAAAGACCUGCCAAAACUAGACUCCAAGCAAAAAUUGCCUGCAAGGGAAACAACUGUAUUUACAAUUAAUAAUUCUGAUCUUUCCAUUAGAGUUCUCUACCAUGACACUGGCGAUUCCUGAAAGUCUAGACCAGUUAAAUUAAAUAAAAAAACUUGUAUGUCUUGUACAAUUAGUGAAAAAGAACAUCACUUUUCUGUUUCAUGUAUCAUAAAAAGAUGAUAUUUUCACAUAAUCAUAAAAUUUAGCAUGUGUGCCUGCAUUCUAAUUGUUUUUAAAUACAAGUGUAUGUGGUAGUGUUGAAAUGAGUUGUUUUAACUUUUAUUUAUCUUUUUAAUUUUAUGUCUGUUUAUGUGAAGACAGACCAUCGUUUAUUAUGUACAUACAUUGUGCAUUUAUUUUGCAAAUAAAGGCAGCCUUCAGGUUAAACCUGUAAACUUCUGUUCAAGAAAAGCAAGUACAUAGUUUUAUUGUGCAUCAAAAGCUUAGGAAGCUAAGUUGAAUAGUGCUUUUAAGAAAUCUUUGGUGGCUAAAACUCUUCAUUUUUAAGAGUUCUUACACAGGUCAGCUUUUUGUUAAUUUUGUUAAUUAGAUUGGUUACUGAUUUGUGAAAGAAAGAUAUUAUUUUUGUAUAUGUUCUGAUCAAACAACAUUUUAAUUCCAGUCAAAGUAAAAGUUUUAUAAUAGCUGGACUCUAUAACUUAUACCAGAGGGAACAACCGGUAGUUAAGGCUUAUAGUUUGUCAUUUGCUUUAUGAUUAUGUUUUCACAUUCAUGAAAAUGUCACCCAAACAUGCUAAAGUGACAGAGGAAUAGUGAGUGAUGACCUUUGAGUGCCUCAAAAGAGGUUUUAUAUAGUUUUAGUAAAUUUUUGACACACCUUAAUGCUCAUGACAUAGGCUGCUAGCUUAGCAAUUGGGCAGAAAGAAAGGUAUGUUCUACUGUGCUUUUGUGUUUUGUAGCUUGAAUGAGUUGAACUUUCAAGAACAUGCUGUGAAGUGGACCACUGAUGCAAAUUCUUUGUUUUUAAUUGACAAUAAAAACACUGAACAAAC